AUUGACUCCGUAAUUCCACCAAUUCAACACCAAUCUAUGGCGAGACGGUGACGUCAUCGCUCCACAUACUGCACGAAGCAGUACUUCUGGUAACGCGGACAUGUGAUGACGUAAGUCGGGGUGGGAAGUAAACUAGAGUAUGUCACUGACGCAAACCGAGCGUUGUUACACCGGCCUCAGUUGAAUCAGCUAGACUCUAGGAUAAACCUGUAUAUGAGGCUGACAACUUCACUAAUCAGAGCUUAGAUAGUCGCCAGUGGAGUAGAUCGGAGAUUUUAUCUAGAGAAACCCUGGAAAGAAGUGAACCUUCAGAAAAUCAAGAUUUUCAGGACCUGAAAGAUUUGUUCUUCUUACUUGAGAUUAUGUAAAUGAUAGAGAAAGCGCCCUCUACUGUUGACCAGUCCAAUGGCUCCUAGUAUGCCCGAUAAAGAAACCGAUUCGGCGCGAGAAGAAAAACAAGCCCGAUCAGUAGCACUAGAAAAAGCAUACGUUCAUGAUGUAUAUGAUCAAAUUGCACCACAUUUUAGGAACUCUCGAUAUCGAGCAUGGCCACAUGUGAAGCAUUUUCUUCUAGAUUUAGAACCUGGAAGCUUAGUAGCAGAUGUCGGCUGUGGAAAUGGAAAAUAUCUAGACAUCAAUUCCGAGGUGUACAAAGUGGGAGGUGAUCGAUGUAGCUCCAUGAUUCAGACUGCUGGGAAGAAAGGCCAAGAAGCUCUCAUAUGUGACAACCAUCAGUUACCAUUCCGUGACGAAAGCUUUGACGCUGCAAUAUCAAUAGCUGUUAUACACCAUUUUGCUACUACUGAACGCCGCGUGAGGGCUCUUCAGGAACUGGCUAGAAUUUUGAGGAUUGGUGGCAAAGUGAUGAUAACCGUAUGGGCCAUGGAGCAGAAUAAUCGAAAAUUCGAUUCCCAAGAUGUGUUAGUGCCUUGGCAUCAACCUGUGACAAGCAGCAGUGAAGAUCGUGGUUCUUCAGCAGAACGGGAGCUGACAAGUACCAAUACCAGUGACGAUGACCUGUUGGUUUACAAUGCUUACUUACCACCCUCGGACACGGAAGCACCAUUUGGGCACGUCUCUCGCCGAAAGAACAGAUUUAAAACCACUGACAGUAGGUAUAGAAGUCAGAGAAGUGGUUUUCUCUACAAUGGAAGCAGUAGCUCAGAGCUGUCCAGCCCCAACGAGACAUGUUACAGUUUCAUACGACGUGCCUUUAAGAAAUUAACGGUGCCCUCUUCACCUUAUUCUGGACAUAGCACUUCAAAGCCGUACUUCUACAGCUCUUGUCGACGUCCUUGGUUCUCUGAAAGCACAGAGUCAAGCAAUCCUCCUACCCCACCCACUCAACAACCGCAGGAGGAGUUACACAGAGAUGAAAGUCAGGAUUCUGAAGAGCCCGUCGAUAUGUGUAUAGAGCUACGUCACUUAGAGGAAGAUGAUUUCACUAGCGUCUCACGUGAAGAUAAGCACGGAGAACGUGUGAAAAAGAAAGAAGAGAAAGUCUGGUCUCUGACUGAUCUACUAAGCAUCAUACCGAGUUUCUUCCGCAUCAGGAGGACUUCAGAUAAAGACACUAUGAAGGAUCUACAGAAAAGAAUAUCUACGGUCAGUGAUCCUCGUGAGUAUCUUGUUAAGUCUGUGACAAAGAAUGGCCUAGUGCGAUCGAGAUCCACUAUGUCCUGCGUUGCGCGGUUUGAUAGCUUGAAAAGUUUAGUGGACAACACUUUGUAUAAUAAAGAAAAACUUCCAUGUGUAACAGAGUCGACAACAACUGACGAUACUGUUUCUAGUAAAUUCACAGUUUCAGAUAUUGCUAACGGUAACAUCAUUCUGCCCGAUAAAGAAAAAAAUGAACUAAAAAGUCACGAAAGCAAAAAAACUCCAAAAAAGGUGGUUCCUAAACUUCCCUCAGAAUUCAUUCCCACUAAUGUGGAGAACUCUUCUUCCCUAACAUUACCAGACAACGCUAAUGUUCUCCACAAUAUAGUAAAUGACAUUUAUACUGGCGAAGAAAUGCGAAGACAAAAUACUAAAAAUCAUGUACUCCUUGCGAAAACAAGUUUUCAGGCUGUUCAAAACAAAAAUGCUAAUAAAAAUUAUAGAAAUACCCAAACAAAUAUUGAAAACAAUCAUGAGACAUUAAAUUCGGAAGCAGGGAUGUUUGAGGCUGAACAAGAUAAAGUGGAAAGCCGGUUAUCCUCCUAUUAUUCUAUGCCUGAACUGCACACAAUAGGAACUGAGGAAAAUUUAUGGAUACAUGAAAAUCAACUAGCCGUUACUGACCACUCCUUUAGUGCCAAUCGACCCGACAAAGAUAAUUACGAUGGUGUCAUGGAUUAUUGGGGAUAUGGAGACCACGCAAUCAGAUGGCAAGAAGAGGAUGACAACUUCUCUUCAGUAAGUUUAACUGCUAGGUUACCAGCUCAUCGAUCUAACGAUAUGUGUGUCUCCAUGCUAAAGAAAGGACAGGUGAGGCGUAGUGUAAGUAUAGACACAGCUAAAAAGUUGACUCCCACUCCUCAGUCUAGUGGUUCUUCAACUUCAUUGGCCCAAGGAUUGCCUGUAGGCUGCUUGCGGAUUAAACGUAUCCCUCAAAGUCCAAGCCGCAGAGAGAGCUUGAAGAGCGACACCAGCGUCGACAGUGAAGAGUCUAUAGUGUCAGUUAUAGCUCGGAAGAACAAUGGGGUUCAGAGUGAGUCAAGUGUUGACAGUGAGGAGUCCAUUAUCUCAGUCAUUCAACGGAGUUCUAGUGAAAUUGAAGCCCUGAUGAUGCGAAAAGAACAUUCUCGAGCUGGCAGCCGCUCUGCUCAAGCUUCACCUUUAACCCUACUUAAUAGUUCUGGUAACACCUCAGACUCUUCGCCACCACUUUCUGCUUCAGGACUGGGUACGAAUUCUUCCUAUGCUACAGGAUUACAUUAUUCUAGGCCUAAUGGAGACCAAAAGUCUUCUCAAACCAAUGUUAAUGCAGGUGCCUUGGAGAGAGACAUCUGUUCCUCACCUGUACCAGAAACCACAACACAUGAAGGUCGCACAUCAAACCAGAAAUACACCUACGUUCGAGAAUGUGAAGCUGUCGAAAAAUCACCAAAUGUUUCUCCGCCUAAAUUAAUCGCAGAUAAACCAUUCACAGACCACAAUCUACAUUCUAAGCAAGUGUUUACAUUUGAUGAAAAGGAAACAUUUCCAUCAUUCGACAACGGAAAAAAGGAGUCUCAUAUAAAUACACUUAAUAAUACCGUUGACCAAUAUUUUAUUAAGAAUUUGGAUGUUAGUGUUUCCUGCCAAACAAGAGGAACUUUGCUAUAUCAGAAGAACGAAUUUGACCCUAGGCCAAUAUGCUCGUCACGUUCACUAUUUCAGCAAACUAGAAAUACAGGAAGUCUUGGUCUCAUAACAAUCCCCGCUGAGCAGCCAUUUAAACCAUUUUCUGGUUGUUCAGUUGAAGAGAAGCUGGAGACAUCAAUAAAUGAAGAGGGGUUAAAAGUUAAGGGUGAAAACGUAGAAGUUUCUGGCGAUCAUCAAAGUUUGAAAAGUAACGACAAAGUACAAUGCCCAAAUCAGAUUAAACUGGGUGAAAAUUGUAACAUUAAUUGGAAAGAUUCUUCCUCUUCUUUAUCGAGUAAUGCUGCUGAAUUUAUUAAACCUACAGAUAGACCUGAUAUUGUACCAAAUGUAGCUCAGAAUGAUACCUGUAGCCCUAUAAACAUGAUGAAAGGUUUCGAGAGUAAAUUUUAUGGAAACGAUAAGUUCGUAGAUAUUUUACCCAGACUGCUAAACAAAGACGAGUGUCGUGAAACUACUGUUAAUACCACAGUAGAAACAUUAAAUAGUGCUACUGGUCAAAAACGCAACGAGCCUUUAGAAGACUCGAGUCGCCUGAAUAAAUACGACAGUGAAAUUUUAGCGAAAGUUAAUAAAACACCAAUGAAAUCGAGUGAAAUUCCAAAAGACGUUUCUAAAGAUAACGUUGUGCAAAUAUCUGAUUUUGCUGAUGAUAUGAUGAAUUGUGUAAAUAAUACCAGUGGUAAUAUCUGUUUUCAAAAAGGAAGGGAAAACUUAUUAGUAACUAACAGUAAAAGAAUUUCUUCCGUUGUUUUAAAGUCUGAAAAUCACAGCGAGUGUGUAAAAGAUGCAGAAAGAAAUGUACUUCCAGAUAACUUGCCUAACUUUAACGAAGUAAAUGCACGUUUGCUUGAAACAGGUGCUUCUAAUCCCAUAGACGGUACAAAAUUGUUGUCUAUGGUAGCUCAACAUAUAGACAUGUUACAGGAAAGCCUUACGGCUGAACAAUUGAGAAUAGAGGAUACCAUAGUUAAAGAUAUAGAAAUUGAAGAGAAAGAUAACCAAAAAACUGAAAGUGUAACAGUUGAAGAAGAGAACACAAAUAAGAAUGUUACGAUCAAAAAUCAGACACAAGAGCCUGUCAUUAUUGAAGUUCAAAAAACAAAAACCAAAGAUCUAAACACAGGAAAGACUAUCACAGUUACAGAUCUGAUAAUAGAGGACUUUGAAGAAGUAGAUCAAACAGUAAUAGGAAGUAGUUCAAGUGAAGACAAGAGAACAAGAGCUGAUGCAUGUGGAGAUCGUAGAUUGGAAGAGGCUGUUAAAGUAGUAGACCAAAAUACAGAAACUGGUGAAGGCAGUAAUAUAUUAGAGGCGGUUACAGUUGAAGACAAACAAAUAAAAGCUCUUACUGUUGGAGACCGUAAAAUAUUGGAUGUUAUUGCAGUUGAAGAUGAAAGGGUAGUAGCUGAUACUAGUAGAGACAGUAAUGUAUUAGAGUCUGUUACAGUUAAAAACAAACAUAUAAAAGCUCUUACUGUUGGAGACCGUAAAAUAUUGGAUGUUAUUGCAGUUGAAGAUGAAAGGGUAGUAGCUGAUACUAGUAGAGACAGUAAUGUAUUAGAGUCUGUUACAGUUAAAAACAAACAUAUAAAAGCUCUUACUGUUGGAGACCGUAAGAUACAGGAGAAUGCUACAGUUGUAGACCAAGUAAUAAAAGAUGAUACUACUGGAAACCGUAUAAUAUUGGAGACUAUUACAGGUGAAGUCCAAAAGACGAAGGUUAUUAAAAGUGGUUGUGAUAACAUGGCAAGAUCUGUCUUAACUGAAGAACAAAGACUAGGAGACUUCAUCUCAACAGAAGAACAAGAAAUAAUGAAAGCAUUCGCAUUGGAAAGCCAAAAAGUAAAAUUGGAAAAUAAACUUGGUUGCACCGAAAAAGAAACAUUAGUUCAUGAAAUCAAUGACGCAGUGGAUUUAACAAAUAAAAUGACAUCGGCUCUUAAGAAAUCUGACCAUUCUGUUAAUUAUCUGCAAGAUGACGAUCAAAAGCACGUCAGUAUGGAACUAACUGAUGUCCCCGAAAUAUUUCACGCUGACCAGACUGUUUUGGAAGUUAAACAACAGAAAGAGACAUUGGCUACCAAACAAAACACAACUGGCUCUUUAGUUCAAAACAAAUCCUUGUCAAUGUCGAGUUCUCAAGAGAGCUUGCAGGACCAUGAAGAUGGUGCCAUGACAUACCAUCGGUAUUAUCACGUGUUUCGCCAGGGUGAACUGGAUUCUCUUAUUGAACGAUACGUCGAAAACCUGCAUAUUAUAUCAUCUUAUUAUGAUCAUGCCAACUGGUGCAUUAUAGCAGAAAAAGUUCAAGUGUGGACAAUUUAGUUUCAACUAGGUUAGAAUGAAACGUGUGUUUGUUCGUCUAUGUCAAGCUGUAACUAAAGAGAAAGAAGAGGGAGAUAAUUGGUUGAAAAAUCAUAUUUCACUUUGCUCUCAUAAUGUAAAUAAUUCAACUUUCUUUUUAAAAAAAAGAUAUGUACAAAUUAAAAAGUUACAAGAACACAUAUUAAGAUACUUGUGGAAAAAUAUGUUUACAAAUUGAACCCUGUCGUUACUUGGGUCGGAGAGGACAAACUUUUUUCGUCUCAGUAUCUUCUCCAGGCUUCCAACGUCAUACAUUUUUUAUGAAUUAAAAUUUCACCAUUGUACAUAACAUAACAAGAGCUUUUUGGUGCUCAUGCCAACUUCUUUUUCAACAACAUUUUGAGCUCAAUCCUAUAAAAUUUUGUGACUUAAAAAUUCAUUAUCUUAGAAAUUUUCAGCCCAUCACGUCUAGCGCCAUCUAUUUACAACAAUAGGUACCACUUCAAUAUAAUUUAUUGCACAGAAAACUGCUGGUAUGAACAGUUAACAAACCAUAUAUCUAAAAUAGUUAAAAUUAGAAAAAUUAUUUAAUAGUAAAAAUAUUUAUUAUACUUUUCUCUACUCUUACUGUUUUGCAAACACAGAAAUUACCAGUAUUUAACCCUCUUAAAAUAGGUAUCAAAGUAAUUAAUUAAUAGGUUGCGCUAGUGCUGGUGGGCAUUGGUCGCUAUAACUGCUUCUCGUCAAGUGUUUCUUCUGACUGAUUCUAUUCUAUCACAGUUCUAAUCUCAUGUUUUACUCAACUAUACCCGGUGGUAACUUCGUACUUCUGGCUCUCUGUGAUAUAUCAGUGCUGCUUUAAAUUUUCCUGAUUUAAUUCAAUAAUAUGUAGUUGAAGUUUGUAAAUUCAAUCGCAUGUAAAUUAUAACAACGAAUUUUCUACAUAAAGUUGAAUAAAAUCUUUUA